CAGGCAAUCCGCUUCCUUCAAAAAACGCUCUUCCCGCUUCGUCCCUCUCUCUCGGUCUCAGCAAGGGGUUUAGCUUCCAAAGCCAUCGCAUCAAGGGAUUUUUAGUAAAAAUCAAGGAUUCCGCUCCUGAAACGAGAAAACGAAAAGGAGAAGAAGAUGGAGAUGCAGUUGCUGUACUCCAAGCUUCAUGAUAAGUAUACAGAGCUGAAGAUGAGAAAGGAAUCUGAGAUUGAGCAGUACAACCGUGAACAGAAAUCAAAGUUUAUGAAUUACAUAUCUGCUGCAGAGGAAAUGAUAGAACACCUGAAAACUGCAAAUGAGAGUCUGCAAGCAAAGAUAAAUGAGUUGACAGAUAAAAUAAUUCCAGAUAGGUCUGCUGAGGAGUACCAGUAUGCCGAAUACCAAAAGCUUUUGAUUGAAGAGAGGCAAAAGACCAAAGAACUUUCUGAAGAAGUUGAGAGGCUUCGCAACCUGCUACAGGAGAAAUCUGAUUCUAUUGAUAAGAAUGACGACAGCAUUGAUGGGCAGCUGAAAUCCCCUUAUGGAGGUUCUCAACUUAGAUCAAGAGAUCUAUCUGAAGGCUCAGCUGGAUUGAAGACACUAAGGCCAUGUUCUGGGGUUCAAACUGAAGAAGUUAUGGUUAUUCCAAAUGCCGGUAGUCAAGAGGAGCAUGUCAUGGUAAAAGAACCAGAAAGAGGUCCGGGUAAAGGCAUGCCCUACAGCGAUGCUCUUGGAAACAGUCAGCAGCCAUGCAGCUGUAGAAGAACCAUGGCCAGUUCAGGAGAUGGUUUAAAUGACGUUUGCCAUGGCGAUUGCCACUUCCAAACGCUUGUGGAGUGUUUAGUUGGCAUGAAGUUUUCCACGGUUAAUCAAACAGAAGGACUGUGUUUCUGUACUUCACCAAUCGAUUGGCUAUUCUUUCAGCUUAACAUGGGUGAAAAACGUAGUUGGGGAGGAGCCGGAGUUGCUGUAUCAUGUUGUCUCACUUGGGACGUUUGAGAGGCUGGCCCCUGAGUGGAUGAGGGAGGAUCUGAUAUUCAGCAUGAGCAUGUGUGCCAUUUUCUUUGAGAGGGUGUUGCAAGUCACCAGGCUUCACUGCUGAUGUACUGGCAAUUCUCAAGUGCUGUUGCUGAACCUACAUACCUUUCCAUUGUGGGGCAUGCUUCGUGUUGUAAUCUAGUAAUUAGCUUUUCAAUCACUGGUUGAAUUCAAUCACUUUGGUGUCUUGAAAAGAACUUGCUUCUUUUUUUCCUUUUUUUUUGUUCGUUUUUGUAUGAUGUUAAGUUUACAAACAUUGGUGUUGUGUUUUAAUCAUAGUUCAAAAACUUAGAAACUUGACUCAGCUCAA